CAAAGUCGGGCACUACACGUUCCAAAUAGAAAUUCGCGAUAUACCGAGAGGAUGAAGGAACAUUAUCCUUGUGCUUGCCUCCUUCAACUACUCUUUUAUUGCAGUACAUAAUUUUUUUUAUAUCUUUUUCGGGGAUCGUCUUGGUCUGCCCAACGCUCCUGAAGUAUUAAAUCCAACGAACUCUUGGCCUUCUUUAUAAUGCAGCGUCCAUGGUGGUGCAGAUUUUGGAAGAGCAGUUGAGUCGAGAGAGAGAGAGGUGUGGUUCUCGGGGGACGGAGAGUUUGACGUGGUCGUUGAAGUUGCGGAAGGCGAGGCACGAAAGGCGGGGGCUGCACCCGUGCAUGAGGGAAGGAGGAAGAGGAGAGCGCUUAGGGAGAGAGACUCUGUUGUUGCCGGGAAGAUGAAACCAACAAAAUAAUAAAACGGAACGCAGAAAUAGGAGGUGGGUUUUCUUCGGGAGUUUCAGAAUUUCUCCUCUCUCUCUCUCCCCCCUCCUCUCUCUGCGAAGGAAGCUUCGGUUCUCCCCCGCAAUAACGCCGUGUUGUGUCCGGCUUCUGCUGCUGCUAGAUUCUACCAUCCCUCACAAUCUCCACUUGCACAUGUCGGGUGAUUGGCAGUUGCAGGAGAUUAAGAAGACGGAGUCCUCGAUCCCUCUCUUUCCUGUAGAUCGUCUCCGUCUCCCAGUCUUAAUUAGCUCCUCCCGUCCACUACGGAUGAGAACCAAAUGAAUGAGCGCUACCGUUCGUGCGUCUUAGACUUCGUUUUGCCAGAAUGACGAAGUCAAGUAAUGGCUCGGAUUCGUCUGUGAAGGGUGAUAAGCAGAAGAAGAAGUCCUUCAUUCCGAAGAUCUUCGCUAUGAAAUGGCGGAACGGGAGAAAAUCCGACGAAGAUGUUUUCGCAAGAAGGGAGGCAGCCAGAGAUAUAGAAAUAAGGUUGGCAGCAACCAGGAGAAGCAUGCUGGACGCGUCUCCCGUGAUCAGAAAAAGCUUUUCCGAAAGGCACACGAAUCCGAGAAUCGAAGGGCUAAAUUUGAGCAACUACGUCCCCCCGGCCUCCCAGUUGGUCGACAUUCAGGAAUUCAGGAUAUUCGUGGCAACGUGGAACGUAGGAGGGAAAUCUCCACACAACGGUCUGAACCUUGAAGAUUUCCUCCAGGUGGAAGGCUCCUCUGAUAUCUACGUCUUAGGGUUUCAGGAAAUAGUCCCUCUAAAUGCAGGAAACGUGCUGGUCAUCGAGGACAACGAGCCCGCUGCGAAGUGGCUUUCUCUCAUCGGCCAGGCGCUCAACAAGAGCGCGUUUGUAAGGCAAAGGCCAGCCGAGGACGACUGCAGCCAGCGCUCGCGGCACCACUCUCAGGAACAAUGGAGCUUUGCUUCUUCUGCUGCCUCCACGCCCGCACCAGCUGAGCCAAACCACGAAGGCAGCUGCUGCAACGGCUCCGCCCAUGGUCCGGCCAACCCCAAGAACGCGAACCCCAAAGAGUUUUCCAAGACCCCGAGCGGCGGGCUGCCCUUCUUCCAGAAGCCUUCCCUCAAGGUGUUGUCAAAGUACUUCAGGGUGGUGGACGGCGCGCAGCUCAAGGCCUGCAACUGCCCGCCCUCUGCGUCGUCGGAUAAGAGGACGUCGGAGAUCGGCGAUCUGAUCCAGAAGGUGGAGUCGUGCUCCGUCUGUUAUGGCGACCACAACUCCAGGGACCAUGACGACGACGACUGCCACUCGCAGUUGGCCGGCGACAUGCCCGCCGGUCCCAAUCAGCUGAGCUAUUACCUGAUCGCCAGCAAGCAGAUGGUGGGCAUAUUUCUGUCUGUCUGGGUGAGAAGCGAGCUGGUGCCGCACAUUGGUCACCUCCGCCUGUCUUGCGUUGGUCGCGGGAUCAUGGGAUGCCUGGGUAAUAAGGGAUGCAUAUCAUUAAGCAUGUCACUGCACCAGACGAGCUUCUGCUUCAUUUGCAGCCAUUUGGCUUCUGGAGAGAAGGAAGGGGAUGAAAUCCGAAGGAACGUUGAUGUCCUCGAGAUUUUGAAGAACACCCAGUUCCCAAAAGUGUGCAAGUCUCCCGGAAGAAGAUUACCCGAGAGAAUUCUUGAACAUGACCGGGUGAUAUGGCUUGGGGAUCUAAACUACCGGAUCGCUCUUAGCUAUUCAGAGACGAGGAAAUUGUUGGAGGAGAAUGACUGGGAUUCUCUUCUGGAGAAAGAUCAGCUAAAGAUUGAGAGAGAAGCAGGAAGAGUGUUUAAGGGGUGGAAAGAGGGCAAGAUCUACUUUGCUCCCACCUACAAAUACUCAAACAACUCCGAUGCCUACAUGGGAGAGACUGUGAAAUCCAAGAAGAAAAGGAGAACACCAGCAUGGUGCGACCGCAUUCUGUGGAGAGGAGACGGUAUCGAACAGCUAUCGUAUAUACGGGGAGAGUCAAGGUUUUCCGAUCACCGGCCGGUUUGUGCUGUUUUUGUAGCGGAAGUUGAGAUACUAAACAGUAGCAAACUUGGUGAUGAUGUUGAUGUCGAAGAUUACUUGCAGCGAAGGCACAGUUUCUAUGAAUAUUGAGGGCUAGCGGAACCUUUCUCCCCUGUCUAUUGAUCUUCGGCGCAUCACUCUUCGUCGGAAAUCAAAAAAUUGUGCAUUAUCCUACAGCCCAUAGUAAAAUAUGCUAACAAAUUACUGAACCACAUCAUCUAACUUUUUUUGUUAAUUUAUGACAAAAAAGGAUUUUCGACCUCUCCGACUUGAAUGGGAUCACAUUUUUUGUGCUUUCUGGUGAAAAUCGAAUUUCUGUACUCACCUUUAGCUUGUACAUGGAGAAGUUUCUUGAAAAUGGAGUGGAAACUGCCCCACUACAGUAACUCUGAGUUUUGUUUUGUUCGUCACUUAGUCGACCUGGGAAGUUUCUGGUCUUGUUGGUACCUCAGACGAAUGACUUGCCAAAGGACGAGCGACAGAACUUGGUUCACACCGGAUGGAUUGUAGUUGCACAAGCAGCUUGUAAAACCUAAUAACAUAUCUUUCAGAUUUCAUAUCUCGGAUGUAAUCAUCAUGAUCCGCAAUCUAGAAAAGU